AUGAUCGACUUCUAUGACGAGAAUGGUGAUUCUGGAAUGAACACAAGUGGAGAUUCUUCGGAACAGCCUGUAAGGAACGAAGCUUUUGACGAGGUUCCGAAUCUCGCGUACCAGGUAAAAUGCACUACGUUUCUGCCUACCUCUUCGCCCUUGCUGGUAGAAAUGAACAGCCCAAGCUUGAAGAUUUGGAAAACAUCCUCGGAGCUGUCGGAGUUGACAUCGAUGUUGAAGCAGCCAAGCUUGUCAUUUCACGCCUAG